UUUGAACAUGUCGAAGCGGAGCGCGAACAUCCUAGGCAGCACGCUCAAUGCGGUGGGCAAGAAGACCAAGUCCAUGGACGAGGCGCGCAAGUCUGACCUCGCCGUGUCUGCCAUGCUCGGUGAGAACCAGGGGCCCCAGUCCCGCGGCCCCAAGCUGCCGACACACACGUCGCAAGCUCCGGACAGCGCCAUCGCCGCGUUCCUGCUGGACAUGCACGAUGCGAUCGAGAGCCAAGGGUUUGGGGCGACGGUGGAAGUGGAGCUUCGACUUGGCAAGAUCACAUCGUCCGCCACCGGUCAGCGCUUUAGUGCGUCCACUCCCGGCGACGCGUGUGUCAUUCUCCACGAACAGGACAUGAAGUCCCAUGGCGCCAAGUUCGUACCCGGCGUGAAGAAGGAGGACUACCAUGGGUUCCACCGCAAAGCCAUGAAGCUGACCAUGUCGGACGCAUAUGCCAAGCACGACGAGCACCAGAACGUGUCGACGUUCCCAGGGAGCAAGCGGGUGGUGGAGGAAGUGGACUUGAACACCGGUCAGACACUGGCGCCGUACCAGCAGGUCAAGCAGCGGCUAGGCACGAUCGAUCUAUUCCUUCCGCACUGCGACUACGACUGCCGCGUAGCGAUCUCCCUCGAGUUUGCAUCUACGCCCGUGUCGUUAGAGUCGCUGCCGGCGCCCGAACACCGACGAGGGAAAAAGCGCGUGUCGGCAGUAGGCAGAGAUGUGCGGCUGGAUAUGACAGAAGUCCACGAAGCUGAUGUGGUCAUGUCGUACGAAGUGGAGCUGGAACUGCAGCCGACGAUGGUCAAGGACUGGCUCAACCUCCCCGAAGAUCAGAGCUGGAAAGGAGCGAUUGGGAGUGCCGGGGUGCUGUGGUCCACUAUGUCCAGACACUUUAUGGUUCAAGCAUCGCAAGCGUACAAGCAGUCGUGGGACGUGGUGGACCCUGACAAUACAUUGCGCCAUGCAUAUCAGCGCCAUUUUGACAACCCGCAGAAGUUUCCAGGCACGAUGCCCGUGGGGUUUGCUCGCUGGCACAUUCCAACCGUCCGGGAUCGAGACUACUUUUGCUCAGAAAAGACCGACGGCGUCCGGUACUUUUUGGUCGCGGCCAACAACAAGGUGGUGCUGGUCGACCGGUCCAACUUGCCGUUUACGGCUCCAGGGUUGGACGCGCUGUCGUGGCUCGUUCCUGACGGCACCGUUUUGGACGGGGAAUACGUUUUGCAUCAGAAACAGCAGCGAUUCAUCUUUAUGGCAUUUGAUAUUGUGGCAGUGGGCCCGUCGCACGCCGACUCGUGCGUGAAAAAGACCUUCCGGGACCGGCUCAACGUAUUAUUUCACUUUCUUUCCGAAGAAGGUCCGUAUCUCCAGGGAAUCCGGAGCCACGCAUUCCACACAGACGCGGUACUGCCCCUCCUUCGCAAACGGUGGACGCCCGUCAAGGAGAUCCGCCAUCUCUUUGAAAAUAUCAAGUCCAUGAAGCUCGCCAACACGGCCAAGACUCGCGUCCGCGUCUACUCGGACGACAAGCGCGAGCAUUUCACCGACGGCGUCGUGUUUUGCCCAGGCCAGUCGCCAUAUGUCAGCUUUUCCCACCAAGAGUACCUCAAGUGGAAGUGGAGCGACCUGAUCACAAUCGACUUUUUGGCCGAGUUACGAGAUGGCAGUGUACGGUACAGUUGCUCUGGACCCCAGAACAAGUCGAUCGAGCUGGACCAGGUGGUGGUGGUGGACCCGAAGGACGGACCGAAGGUCCUGGGGCUGCUGCAGAGGUCGCCUUCGGGGCACGCGAUCCUCGAGUUUGCGUUCAAUGCCGACGUCGGACUGUGGCAGUUCAAGCACGAACGUCCGGAUAAAGAUACCCCCAACUACAUCCGGACGGUGCUAGGCUCACUGAUUAACAUGGCUGAGAGCAUCUCGGAGGAGGAGCUGCAGGCGCGGCUGCUCACGCCGGGCAACGAAGAAGGCUGGAACAAGCGCAUGAAGGUCAAGCGGGAAGACGCGCUCAAGGAGCUGGUCGGGCACCACCAGCGCAAGUGACCCAUGCCACAACAGGACUUACUUCAACACGUGGAAAUAGGCUACGUUUAGGACUUAUCGAAUUCGAAAAGGAUAAAGCCGAAGCUUGGAGAGGUUUAUGCUGUGA